AUGGUUCCGGAGGCGCUGUUCCAUCCCUCGGAUAUCGGGAUUCGACAGUCGGGAAUCGGCGAGUGCGCUGGGUCCUGUCUGCAGGCGUUUUCGCCGGGGAUUCGCGAGUUGCUCGCUCGGAAUGUGGUGCUGAGCGGCGGAACGAGCUGCACUCCGAACUUCAAAGCGCGCGUUGAAUAUCCUGGCAAGCGCACAAGCGAGUUGUGUGAAAUCGCGCCGUAUAUCGAAGCAGGGAAGGAGCUCCGCGUGUUUCAAAUGAACGAUCCGAUCGGGGACACUUGGCGAGGCGGCGCGCUGCUGGCGAACGAGCAAUACGCGAACGUGGCGAUCAGUCGCGAGAUGUACGAAGAGCAGGGUCCCUCGCGCCUGCUUCCCUUCGCGUUUCAACGUGAUGUGUUAUGUGUUUGA